GUCAUUCUUCGGGAAGCCACAAAGCAUAAAUUAAGCAGUUUCCCUUUAGUCAUCCACUGGGAGCACAAGCAGAGAGUUGUGCCUCCCAGUCUCUUGAGACUACUUCAACACAGAAAAAAAGAUAUCCCAAGAAUAUUCUGUUUCAAUUAACUUUUCGGCAUUGUCGUUAAACUUUUGAAUUCAUUAGAAGAUUUUUAAUUAAAUUCUGUGAUCAAAUAAAUUGAUAAUUUGCUGUGAAAAGUGAUUGGUAGAUUGUGAGAUCUUGAGGAAUGUAUUAGAUGUUGGUGGGAGUGUUUAAAAGGAAAACAUCUUUGCACGUUUGCUCCAGAGAAUGAAGAAUUUCUUGUGCCAAGACAAAAGAGAUCACCUGAGAUAAUAAUGUUAAUUACGCUUGCGCAAUACUUCUUCUGUUCAAAUAUUUUGCCUUUUGCUAAGGGUAUAAAAUCAAUUGCCACGAAUAUUUUUUAGUCUAAAGAUUCCCAACAUAGGCAGGGAGUUGUUGGCUUCUUUUUUUGGCAAAAAAAAGUGAGAAGCUCUUCCCGCGUGUCAGUGCGGCGCGUAAAAAGGGCUUAUCGGUGGAAAAAUUGGUUGAAGUGAACUUGAUCAGUGCUAUCGGAUUUCUUAUCUCCAUUGGAAAGAAAAAAAAAUUUACCUUCGACGUAUUGCAAGACGGCGUUGCGAAAAUGUUUUCACAAUUAGUUGUUUGGCUGCUAGCCGUAAGUGCUGUCCAUGCGGCUUUUGACAUCAAAACGUGGAGAAUGAACCGGGAAUAUGAGAAUUAUCUCCAAAAACGUGCCUACUACCUCGCCGAGGAGGAGGAUCGUUCAGUGGGAAGUGAUAUCGUGCUUACGGCUAAGGAAGAAAUCGUCAAUGAACGCCUAAUGGCCCUAAAGACGGCAGAACUUGAAGCUGGACUUGAAAAUCCCAGUCAAUUUAUCCCCUGGAAUCACUUCUUUGAUGUCCUCGAGCGUAUCAAUUCCUCCGAAAUCUUUCACAUCAUUCAACGUAUGCCAAAAGGAGGAAUCCUCCAUGCUCACGAUACUGCCAUCUGCAGCACAGACUACGUCGUUUCCCUCACCUACGAACCCAAUCUCUGGCAAUGCACCAAUCCCACAACUGGUGCCCUGGAAUUCCGUUUCUCCCGUGAAGCCCCACCCAAUACCGAAACCUGCCAGUGGACCCUGGUAUCCGAGGAAAGAGCUCGCCAAGGCGAGGAACAAUACAACUCCCAGCUUCGAUCCCAAUUAUCCCUCUACAACACCGAUCCCAUCAAUCACAAUCGCGAUGUAGAUUCCAUUUGGCGGGAGUUUAUGGGACUGUUUGGAGUGAAUUUUGGCCUAUUGACCUAUGCUCCCGUCUGGAAGGCCUACUACAAGAAUUACCUCAAAGAGAUGUUGCUAGAUGGUGUACAGUACUUGGAACUCCGUGGAACCUUACCGCAAUUGUACGAUCUUGAUGGAAAAACCUACAAUGAAGAGGAAAAUCUCCAAAUCUACUUGGAUGCCACGAGAGAGUUCAAGCAGGAAAAUCCCACCUUUAUCGGCGCCAAAUUCAUCUACGCCCCCGUGCGAGUUGUCGAUGACGCCGGAAUCAAAACUCUCAUGGCUAAAGUGACUCAACUCCACGAGCGUUUCCCCAACUUUUUGGCUGGAUUUGAUUUAGUUGGUCAGGAGGACAAGGGAAGACCCUUAAUUGACUUUAGUCAGGAAAUACUUCAACUGCCUGACACCAUCAAUUUCUACUUCCAUUCCGGUGAGACGAACUGGAAUGGAUUGACAGACAUCAACUUGAUUGACGCUGUUCUUUUGGGAAGUAAGAGACUCGGACAUGGAUAUGCAAUUUUUAAGCAUACAAAGGUCCUCAAGAUGGUUAAGAGAGAAAAAAUUGCCAUUGAAGUUUGCCCAAUAUCAAAUCAAGUUCUCCGUCUCGUCUCCGACAUGAGAAACCAUCCAGGAUCCAUCUUACUGGCCAACAAGGAAUACCCUGUUGUGAUCAGUUCAGAUGAUCCCUCCUUCUGGGAGGCCACACCCCUCAGCCAUGACUUCUACAUGGCUUUCAUGGGCUUAGCCUCUAGUCGUCAGGAUUUGCGCAUGCUGAAGCAGUUGGCCAUCAACUCCAUCAAGUACAGCGCCAUGACGCCAAUGGAGAAACUUGAUGCCAUGAAACUCUGGGAAGAGCAAUGGAAGAAAUUCAUCGAUGAAUUAGCUGCCUGAAUGCUCCCUCAGCAAUUGCGACUUAUCAAUGUCUCCAAGUUUGUUUGUCUCAAUUGACGUCAAUAAAUGAACUAUUUGGGAGACACAA